GAAAGUUAAGCAGUCCAUUAAUGGAGCUGCUACUCCCGAGCUCUGCAAACUCCACCCCUCUCACCACCCUAGGCUUCUUAGACAGAGCCGCCACCGCCUACGGUGACUCCCCUUCCAUCGUCUACAACAACGUCAGCUUCUCAUGGUCGCAGACCCACCGUCGAUGUCUCCAGAUGGCAUCGUCGUUAACGUCCCUCGGCAUCCAACGCGGACAGGUAGUCUCCGUCGUGGCUCCCAACGUCCCCUCCAUGUACGAGCUCCAGUUCGCCGUACCCAUGUCUGGCGCCGUACUUAACAACAUCAACACCCGCCUCGACGCUAACACCCUGUCUGUGCUCCUCCGCCACAGCGAAUCAAAGCUCGUUUUUGUCGACCACCAGUCUAGUUGUCUUGUUCUUGAAGCCAUCUCUUUGUUCCCGCGAAAUGAGAAACCCCCACUUCUCGUCCUUGUCGACGAUGAUGGAGCCUCAGCGAAGAUGUCAUCAUCAUCAUGGGCUGUUGACUAUCUUGAUUCUUACGAGGGCAUGAUGGAAAACGGCGAUCCAAAGUUUAAGUGGGUUCGUCCCAAGAGUGAAUGGGAUCCUAUGGUUUUAAACUACACAUCAGGCACAUCAUCUGCUCCAAAGGGUGUGGUUCACAGUCACCGGGGAAUAUUCAUCCUCACCGUUAAUUCCAUCGUAGAUUGGUCUCUACCAAAGCGGCCCGUUUACUUGUGGACCCUACCCAUGUUCCAUGCGAAUGGAUGGGGCUACACGUGGGGGAUGGCGGCAGUUGGUGGGACCAACAUAUGCUUGCGUAAGAUUGACGCGUCAGCAAUUUACCGCUUGAUCGAGCGACACGGUGUCACCCACAUGUGCGGCGCGCCUGUUGUGCUCAACAUGCUGUCCAACUCAGCUGAUUCCGAAUCUCUCAAAAAACCGGUACAAAUCCUAACGGCCGGUGCUCCGCCCCCGGCGCCGGUUCUACAUCGGACUGAGUUGAAAGGUUUCGUAACGAGUCAUGGUUACGGGCUAACUGAAACCGGCGGACUCGCAGUGUCGUGUGAGUGGAAACCGGAAUGGGACCGCUCGCCGGCGGCGGAGAGAGCAAGGCUUAAGGCACGACAGGGAGUAAGACAAGCCGGUUUUACCGACUUGGACGUGGUGAAUCCUGAGACUGGAGAGAGCGUGGAACGAGACGGGAAGACAGUCGGCGAGGUUGUUUUACGAGGCGGAUGUGUCAUGUUAGGGUAUUUUAAGGACCCAAAAGGGACGUCGGGGUGCAUGAAGGAGAACGGAUGGUUUUACACCGGCGACGUGGGGGUGAUGCACCCGGACGGUUACUUAGAAAUCAAAGAUCGAUCCAAAGACGUUAUAAUAAGUGGUGGAGAGAACAUAAGUAGUCCUGAAGUGGAGUCGGUGCUGUACUCUCACCCGGCAGUUAAUGAGGUGGCCGUGGUGGCUAGACCGGAUAAGUUUUGGGGAGAGACACCGUGUGCAUUUAUAAGUUUGAAGGCGGGGGUAAGUCGGAAGCCAACGGCGAAGGAGAUAAUAGAAUAUUGUAGAGAGAAGUUGCCACAUUACAUGGUGCCUAAGACGGUGGUGUUUCAGGAUGAGCUCCCCAAGACUUCAACUGGCAAAAUACAGAAGUUUGUGCUCAGGGAAAUUGCCAAGGCUAUGGCCCGUGAGGGCGAGGCUGUUCCAGAAGAAUUUCAAGAUUACCAAGAAUCCAAACGAGUUUAGGUAAUUUUACUAAAAGGGAAAAAUGGUAAAACUUUAACCUGUUUGGAUUCUUGGCAGUCUUGAUUUAAUUAUGAUGAGCUAAUACCUUAAACGUAUGUACCACAAUAAAUUUGUUAGUUCGAGUUGAUUCAUCCUGCCUUUAAUUUAGUUUGAAUUCUAGUAGUAUCACAAUACAGACAAAUCUAAUAG